AUGGAGCUUUAUGUCGUGUACUCGACAAAACUGGUGGAGGCCAGGGCAUGGCUUCCUUUCUCAACGGUCUCCAUGGAGUGCUCGUCCGUUCUGUCUGUGGCAGAGGCGGAUUUAGAAAGGUUUUGCAUCGAUAUGGUGCAAUGGCUCAAAGAUGUGCCAGAGAAUGCUUUAUUGUCAUGUUUAUCGCAACAGUCCCAAGAAGACGCCAGUAAGCUAGGGAAUACCGUUAACAUUUACCGAAUAACCUGUCAUGUUAGCUUUAGAGACGCCGAUAUGUCCCAGAACAAGUAUUUGGCGCGUCUGAAAGCACUGUUGCAUCGCUGUGCAACAGGGUGUACUAUAGUAUUUCAGGUGGAGACAUAUCGGCCAGUAUACCGUCAAACUAUCGUGGAUUUUUGUAUAACGUCCGCAUUUUUGGCACAGCGCCUGGAUUUCUACCAGUAUUUAGAGUUUCUUGAGGUUAGCCAGUCGAAAGCUCAAGUUUCAGCAGCCAAUCCCGCGUCUCCAGAUGAGAGUGCUAAAGAAUUCAUUAAAAACAGCUUCCACAGACUAGUUGCACCAGUAAUGAGCUUUAGAACCAUUGACACAUUGAGGAGUAGCUACUCAGGUGCACAAACAGAGGAGUCCAGAGAAAAGUUCAGGCUUGAUCUUUCGCGCAGACUGUUUAAUGAAACGGUAUUUGAAGAGGUUGAGGAGGCACUUUCCAAGGAGCUUACAAUUCCCUUGUCCAAACUGUCGGUAAUUGUCCUCAAUGCUUGUGAGAAGGCUCCUUUUCACAACGAUUAUUGUAAUCUGCUUUUUUCUCUCUAUGGCCUGUCAAACAUAAAGUCUAGUCAGUACAUACGUGGCCGUCAUACGUCACUAACCUUAGAGAACGAGCUAUAUAGGUGCACGUUUCUUUACAUGUGCAUGUAUGAAUACAUCUGGCUGGUGCUUCAGAACUCUCUGCUGGACUCUGUUGAAGAGCCUCAGGAACAAGGGAAAACAACGAAGAUGAUAAGAGGGAGCUUUACAGAGUCCUUCCACCAGGUGAUCACCAGUGUCUAUCGUCGGAAGCUGCAAGGAUCACAGGACAUAAAUUCAGCAUACAUGGCAUAUGGUUCUAGCAAGCCUCUUGUGGUGCCAACAGGUCGCCUGGCCAUACCAUUUUCGCCAUUUCAGCAUACACAAGGGAAAGUGAAGGAUCUGACGUCCAUGCUGAAGCGACUUGGGUUCACACUCAUAACUGCUACCCCUGUCACUCGGCAAUCUCCCGUAUCCACACUAUCAAAAGAGACAUCCAUCCCAACGCGGCCUUCGUCCAGUCCUCAGAUCGCUCCCAGCAAAACUCCUGACCCAGAUUUACCUGUCUGUGGCACACCCCAAAACAUUCAAGCUCAAUACAAGCUUGUUGAAUGCAAUAGCUUUGUUCUCAAGAACGGCCACCCACUUGACCAAUUUGAGCAAAUAGAGACGGGUAGGUUUAAAGCAGAAAGCAACAGACGAUCAAUGGAUCAAUUUACCAUAUUAUCAAUCAAGCAGCGCAACACUAUGUUCUGGAACGCUUGA